CACAAUGGACAGGGCCUUUUUGAAUUUCCAGUGACUCCCAGUGCUUCAUCCCCUGCCUGAGGCCCACCAUGUUUGCUCAUCCUCACAAGUUCGGCUUCCCCAGCGGGAACGCCUCGGAUUGUGUCAACGGUUCGGAGUGGAUCCUGUCCGUCUUCCAUGAGUGUGCUCAGGAUGGCCGGGACGUCGCCAGCGUGGUGCUGGGCCUGGUCUCCAUCGCCUGCUUUGCUGGGGCUUCCUUCCCUCAGUUCUACCUGGCUUGUAAAACCGGCAUUAUGGACCAGGCCUUGUCCGUUUACUUCCUGCUGGGAUGGCUGGGAGGCGAUUCGCUGAAUUUAGUGGGAUCUUUUUUGGCUAAUCAGCUGCCACUACAGGUUUACACCGCCAUUUACUACGUGCUGGCAGAUCUGGUCAUGAUCUCUCUCUACGUCUAUUACAAAAUCAAGAACCAAAACAGAGUCUUUUCGGCUUCGAUCAAUGCCGUCUUCGCAGUCGCGGUCCUGGGAACCACGUUGACGCCUGCCUGGCAGGGAGAUCCUGCCUCUUCUCACCUGGGUGACGGAGGGAUGUUUAAAAGCCGGAGACUUCUGUCCUCUGCAGACUACCCAUCAGGCUGGGAGCCUUUCACCCAAAGGGAGAUAUGCGGCUUUGUGAUCGGAUCCACUUCUUCGGUGCUCUACUUGCUUUCCCGGGUCCCUCAGAUCUACACCAAUUUCAAGCGGAAAUGCACUACCGGGAUCUCCUUCUCCCUUUUUGCUCUGGUGAUGCUUGGAAAUUCGCUCUACGGCCUCAGCGUCUUAAUGAAAAACCCGGAUCCGGGGCAGACGGAAGGCAAUUACGUGAUCCACCAUUUGCCGUGGCUGAUUGGCAGCUUGGGGGUCCUCUCCCUUGACAUCGUGAUUUCGUUCCAGUUCCUGGCCUAUCGCCGGAGGAGGCUGCCGGUCCUGGAAGAGAGAGACGCCCUCUUGGGCCGAGAGGAGGACUCCGUGGAGAGCUGAGCGGCACCAGGAUCGGGUCUUGGCUGCGUUGGGAUUCCAGCAGCGGGUUUUGGAGUCCGCCUGCGACUCUAGAAAGCCCUGGCCUUUCUCUGCUCUAGAAAACGCUCCGCCUCUGGAAAGUCGCGCCUUACGAGAUCAUGUCCUACCUUCUCCAGAGAUUAUUCCU